CUCUUGGAGUGGCCCGGUCCACCCGGCACCCACCGGCACAGGAGGAACCCGCCUACACAGAGCCGCUGGCCCCACCCCUCCUUCACCCUUAAAAUCGGCUUGAACUGUUGAGGGAGACAGAGCCUGCGGUAACCCAACAGCUCAGCGCCAAGAAGAAGCCCCUGCGAGGCUGAGAAAGAAGCAAGAAUUCGCGGGACACAGAAGACAUGGGGAGCCCAACGAAGACCAAGCUGUUGUGUGUAGUGCUGCUUUGUGGAGUGAUUUUCGCAUCGCCUGGCCAGGGAAUGCACAACAGGUUCAUAAGAGGAGCCCGGUCCUACAAAGCGACCUGCCGAGACGAGCAAACACAGACCACUUACCAACACCAGCAGUCCUGGUUGCGCCCCAUGGUCAGAAGCAGCAGAGUGGAAUACUGCAGAUGCAUCGGCGGCUCGGCGCAGUGCCACUCCGUGCCUGUCAGAAGCUGCAGCGAGCCAAGAUGCUUCAAUGGGGGUACGUGUCAGCAGGCCAUGUAUUUCUCCGACUUUGUCUGCCAGUGCCCUGAUGGAUUUAUUGGGAAACGCUGCGACAUAGAUACCAGAGCCACAUGCUUCCAGGACCAGGGCAUCACCUACAGGGGCACGUGGAGCACAGCGGAAAAUGGGGCUGAGUGCAUCAACUGGAAUAGCAGUGUUCUCUCCCUGAAGCCCUACAAUGCAAGGAGGCCGAAUGCCAUCAAGCUGGGCCUUGGGAAUCACAAUUACUGCAGAAACCCCGACCGAGACUCGAAGCCCUGGUGCUACGUCUUCAAGGCAGGGAAGUAUACCUCAGAGUUCUGCAGCACACCAGCUUGCCCUAUGGGAAAAAGUGAGGAAUGUUAUGUUGGAAAUGGGUUAACCUAUCGUGGCACCCACAGCCUCACCACAUCUAGGGUCUCCUGCCUCCCGUGGAAUUCCAUGAUCCUGAUAGGCAAAAGUUACACGGCAUGGAGGACCAACUCACAGGCACUCGGCCUGGGCAGACAUAAUUAUUGCCGGAAUCCAGACGGGGAUGCCAGGCCUUGGUGCCACGUGCUGAAGGACGGAAAGCUGACGUGGGAAUACUGCGCUAUGUCCCCAUGCUCCACCUGUGGCCUGAGGCAAUACAAACAGCCUCAGUUUCGAAUUAAAGGAGGACUCUUCACAGACAUCACCUCACACCCUUGGCAGGCUGCCAUCUUUGUCAAGAACAGGCGGUCUCCUGGAGAGAGGUUCCUGUGUGGAGGAGUGCUGAUCAGUCCCUGCUGGGUGCUGUCUGCAGCCCACUGCUUCCUGGAGAGGUUUCCUCCCCAGCAUCUUAAAGUGGUCUUGGGCAGAACAUACAGGGUGGUCCCUGGCGAAGAGGAGCAGACAUUUGAGAUUGAAAAAUAUAUAGUCCAUAAGGAAUUUGAUGACGACACUUACGAUAACGACAUUGCAUUACUGCAGCUGAGGUCAGAUUCCAAACAGUGUGCCCAGGAGAGCAGAUCUGUCAGCACGGCCUGCCUCCCUGACCCUAACCUGCAGCUUCCUGACUGGACAGAGUGUGAGCUGUCUGGCUACGGCAAGCACGAGGCAUCAUCCCCCUUCUUCUCUGAACGGCUGAAGGAGGCUCAUGUGAGGCUGUACCCAUCAAGCCACUGUACGUCACAACAUUUAUCUAACAAAACUGUCACAAACAACAUGCUGUGUGCCGGGGACACCCGGAGUGGGGGCAACCAAGACCUCCAUGACGCCUGCCAGGGUGACUCCGGAGGACCGCUGGUGUGUAUGAUCAAUAAACACAUGACCUUGGUUGGUAUCAUCAGCUGGGGCAUUGGCUGUGGGCAGAAGGAUGUCCCUGGGAUAUAUACAAAGGUUACUAAUUACCUAGACUGGAUUCAAGACAACAUGAAGCAAUGACCAAGAAAACCCAGCUCCUUGGAUCCGGAGGAGGGCCUGCCUUCCUCUCCUAUAGAAAACACACCUAAAAGGCCGAACGUUCUUUACUUUAUUAUCUUCCUAGACUGCCACUCGGCAGAGGGACGGAGGGUCUGUAGGAGAGGACGUAGCGUUUAUCUAUGACAGGUACUUCACAGUUCCUAAGUUUUCAGGGACGAAGGUCUGACUUUAGGAUAAAGUCUGUCUGAUGAGAAGAUGGGGAAAUGCCAACCCUCCCAUAACUCUAGGAUUUAAAAGAGAAAGGUAGACCAAAGUCCACUCUCCUGGUCCGCCAUUUUGUACACUGGACUACCAGACACAAGAUCAUGUCUCAACAGUAAAAGGCAACUUGAUCUUUCAGGAGAGAAGUUUGCAGUAGGGACAAGGAUACGUAUUUAUAGUUACAGCAGGGCCCAGCAGAAGAGACAGGAGUGUUGGCUGGCCAGAUCACAGCCCCAUAAAACCCUUGAAAUCAAAUAUUCUCCACAUCCUUCCCACUCCCCAACUCUUGGGAGGUAUUCCUUUGUAUACAGUGUAAAUCUUUUUAUCGUUAUAAACAUUAUAGAUGGUUGGGAGAACUAUGUGAUUUUAAUAAUUGAUGAAGUAGCAUUAGCAUAUUUAUAUAUUAAUCUAUUUUAGUUUUUACUUUGUUACCAUAAUUUUGUAUUAUAUUGUACUUAAAUAAUAAACCCAGAGGUAUUUUUCACACUUUUCAAA